AUGGCUCCAGUCCGCCGGUAUCUCAGAAUAUCCAAAUACUCAGUCCUUGAGUGCCGAAUAUAUCUCGAUAAUCCAGCUCUGGCUCAAUCAUGGCUUCUCAACCCUCGAGGUUCAAUAUUGGCAAAGGUUAUUGAGAGUAUCCGCCCGCUAGUUCUGCCCAAACUACGUGAAGAGAGGGAGAGGAUUAGGAAGAAGAGCAAAAAGAAGAGUAUCAAAGAUGUCAUUGUCACUGAUGAGUUUGAGGUCUCUAUCUUCUUGACAGAAACAAGCACCAGGCAUUCUCUUCUUUACAAGACCAAGCACUUCAGAGACAAGUUGCCACCGAAACUCGAGUCCAAUUCAUCCAAGCUCAUUGGUGAAACGGACAGCGUCCCUGUAGAUGUUGACGAUGAAUAUCGUGCAUCAGUUCUACAAGAGGAAGAUGAGGAAGAUGUGAGAUUGUCCGAUAUUCCCGUGGCCGAAACAACGACACGGCGGAGCAAGCGCCAAAGAGGAACGUUGGACCAGGGCCAAGAUGACAACGAGGUUUCUGAAGACGAUGAAACAGCCUCGGCCAUCGAAAUCGACUCAGACACAGAGGCGCCCCCGCACAAACGACCCCGGGCCCGGGAGAACGACGGCCUCGACGCAAGCGAAGACAAGAAGAAACUUGACAUGGACGUGUCAUAUGAGGGAUUUGCAAUCUACGGUCAGGUGCUGUGCCUCGUGGUCAAGAAAAAAGCGAGCGCUGCAGCUAGCAGCAGCAGCAGCAGUGGUGAGGGUGCAAAAGGUCGGCCAGAAGGUCAAGCCAUGAUGGAGAAUUGGAUUUCGUCGACACAAAUGCCGGUUGGGGAGGACAUAGCAUAA